AAGUUUCGUCCUCCCUAAAGAGUCUUCCCAAUUCUAAUUACACGGAGACUAGUUCUCGAGAGUUUUCCGAAAUUUCGAGACCAAUGCGAGCUCAUCGUGGGUGACGGUCGUCAGGAAAGAUUCAAGACCGUGUUUCAAUGAAGAGGGGCCUGUUGCUAUUAGGGGUGUUGCGGACGCCGGUUACUGUAAUUUCAAAUUCAGAUAUUCUUCGAUUCCUAUUCCUUUCUUUCACCAAAACUUUCGUCUUCCCAUCAAGCUGGAGGCCAACCAUCAUCGCAAUGUGAAGACGAACAGUUCUUGCACAGACUUGAAAACCCGAGAUGCAAGUAUGUCGAACUUGGAAGAGGAAGAUGGCGUAGGAUCUUCUCGUAUCUUCGUUCUAUCUCUUGACGUCGCCGGCUUGUGAACGAUUUUCCGAGGGCGAACACCUUGCAACCGCUUCGCUGGCAGUGGGAAUUACGUUACGGAAGGAUUGGCCGUCACAACAUGAUCGAGAUCCCCCAUGUUUCCACUCGCACACCAUGUCAGACUACUCUAGUACUCACGACACUCCGCUCAUACAUCGGGAGCCCAUGACUCGGUUUCGACGCUUGGAGCCAUAUGCAUUCUAAAUCUAAUUCUCCAUUCCGCCUCCGCUUUGCCCGCUCCACAUGACCACACGGACAUCCGUUCUACGCACCAUCGACCAUUCACUGUUUCUUGCGACUGAGGCGCUAAGGCGUCGAUUGAAGGCCAACAUAUUGUUGAGGAACAUACACGACGUUUGGUUUGGCGCACGCCGGCCACGCAUGCUCGCCUUUACGACUGUUAUCAUUCCUUCUUUUCUGUUACUUCAUGCUAUUUCUGCUGUGAAUGUGUUAUUUUUGGGGCUGGGGAGGCGCGUCAGAUGGGCAAAGCGGUUACAAUUCACACGUCACUCGUUAUUCUUAUCUCGAAAUUAGGUUUUCGGCAAAAGAAAAAUCUGAAUGUUACGGUGGUGGCUGAUGGUGGAGAGCCUUGAGAAUUGCGGUAGAGGACGCGUUACGUUUGGCUGGGAUGGACUUACCUUAAUAACAUUCAUCUGACAUCGUGGCGUCCGAAGACCUGGAUCCUGAUCCCAUGUUGAUUCAACCGAAAUGUGAACACCGUCAUCGCCUACGUUGGGCUCACUCGAUUCUCUUUAUCUUCGGAUUCUCUCUUCCACCGAGAAACCCAAAAACCCAUGUUCACCAUCUCCAUCUGGAUUCCUCUCGCUAUUUUCUCUUUGGCCUUAUCGUUGCGCCUCCGGCGGCGAAAUGCUCUCAACGUGUUAAGAGGGCCUUCAUCGCCGUCCUAUUUAUUCGGUUUUGAACAUGACAUUCAAGGUGCAAAGAUUAUGCAUAUGUUAUACGAAUGGUCGAAAGAAUAUGGUACCGCUUACAUGCUGCCACUUUGUUUUGGCGAGAAAGUACUCGUGCUUUCUGACCCGCGGGCAAUUCACGCUGUACUUAACGACUCGGUGUACAGUUUUCCGGAGACUGGCGAUCUUAACAAGACGUUGAACAUGGCUUUUGGGAAGGGGGUGAUCUGGGCUACAGGCGAGAAUCAUAAGCGACAUCGAAGAAUAUUGAGUCCAGCAUUUUCGAUUAAUCAUAUCAAGGGGUUCCUUCCGCUCUUUCAUAAUCACGUUGCGCAUUUAUCCGAAAAAUGGAAUAUUCAGCUACAAGGCAAAAGCCAAACAUUUGACAUUGUACCCUGGGUACAUAAACUCGCGCUUGAUAUUCUUGGAGAGAGCUCCUUGAAUUAUCGCUUCAAUGCUCUUGAUAACGAGCCAAAUGAGCUAACAAAGGCACUACAUGACCUCGAAACGACAGAACCCGUACCAAGUAAAAUGACGACAUUAAAGAUGUCAUUGGAACGCCGCAUCCCACCUACGAUCGCGUCUUUGAAGGCAAAAUAUUUCCCAAGUCCCAAGGAACGAGUGUCACAACGGUAUAUGGAGGUAUCCCAUGCGAAAGGAAGAGAGGUCAUGGAAGGUUUAGGGUCGAGUUCGGAAGGUCUCGCCUUGGCUGAUAAAGAUAUAUUGAGUCUUCUGGUUCGGGCCAAUGCAGCGGAAGACUGGAACAAAAGGUUGACAGACGAAGAGGUGACUGCUCAGAUUUCGACGCUCCUCCAAGCAGGACAUCAUACGACGGGGUAUAUGAUAGCAUGGGUUCUCUAUGAACUUGCGACUCACCCGAAGGAUCAAGCAAAUGUCUACGAAGAAAUCAAACGCGUUCGCGAGAAGAACGGGGGAGAGAUUUUAUAUACGGAUUACGACUCGAUGAACUACUUAACAUCAGUCAUCAAGGAAGUCCUCCGUCUUUAUCCUAUUCUACCCACCCUAGAACGAACGGCGUCGAAGAAUGCCUUGCUUCCACUUGACUUCCAUGUCAUUUCCCCUUCGGGAAACAGGAUAGACAAUAUCCCAGUCGGGAAGGGGCAGAGAAUUAUAGUCGAUGCCGCAGGUUAUAACAGACUUGAAUCUGUUUGGGGAGAUGAUCCUCAGAAGUGGAACCCCAGUCGUCACGAGCACAUUCGACUUCAGGGAGGGAACAAGACAGCUUCCGUCGGAUUAUUUGCCAACCUCCUGUCAUUCAGCAGUGGGCCAAAAGGGUGCAUUGGAUGGCGUUUCGCAUUAAUGGAGAUUCAAGUCGCCAUAACCGGACUACUCAAGAAAUAUGAAUUUCGUCUUCCACCUGAAGUAGAAAUUGACCCAAUUACCACAUUUAUUCUAGUGCCGUCCGUCAAGGGAAAGGAAAUGGAGGGCCCCCAACUUCCGUUAACGGUGACUCCGAGAUUGUCUGCCUUUGUGGAUUCAGCGGAAAUGCUCUGA